AUGGCUGAGAACGGCGAGAGCAGCGGCCCCCCGCGCCCCUCCCGCGGCUCUGCUGCGGCCCAAGGCCCAGCCUCUACCCAGGCCGAGCCCAAAAUCAUCAAAGUCACUGUGAAGACCCCCAAAGAGAAAGAGGAGUUCGCAGUGCCCGAGAACAGCUCAGUCCAGCAGUUUAAGGAAGCGAUUUCGAAACGCUUCAAAUCCCAAACGGAUCAGUUAGUGCUGAUUUUUGCCGGAAAAAUCUUAAAAGAUCAAGAUACCUUGAUCCAACAUGGCAUCCAUGAUGGACUGACUGUUCACCUUGUCAUCAAAAGCCAGAACCGACCUCAGGGCCAGUCCACACAGCCUAGUAAUGCCGCGGGAACUAAUACUACCACCGCGUCGACUCCCAGGAGUAACUCCACACCUAUUUCCACAAAUAGCAACCCGUUUGGGUUGGGGAGCCUUGGAGGACUUGCAGGCCUUAGCAGCCUCGGCUUGAGCUCGACUAACUUCUCUGAGCUCCAGAACCAAAUGCAGCAGCAGCUCCUGUCCAGCCCUGAGAUGAUGAUCCAAAUCAUGGAAAAUCCCUUUGUUCAGAGCAUGCUUUCAAAUCCUGAUCUGAUGAGGCAGCUCAUUAUGGCCAAUCCACAGAUGCAGCAGUUGAUUCAAAGAAACCCAGAAAUCAGUCACCUGCUAAACAACCCAGAUAUAAUGAGGCAGACCCUCGAAAUCGCCAGGAAUCCAGCUAUGAUGCAGGAAAUGAUGAGAAAUCAAGACCUGGCUCUCAGCAAUCUUGAAAGCAUCCCAGGUGGCUACAAUGCUUUACGGCGCAUGUACACUGACAUUCAAGAACCCAUGCUGAAUGCCGCACAAGAGCAGUUUGGGGGUAAUCCAUUUGCCUCGGUGGGGAGCAGUUCCUCCUCUGGGGAAGGUACACAACCUUCCCGCACAGAAAAUCGUGAUCCACUACCCAAUCCAUGGGCGCCACCACCGGCUACCCAGAGUUCUGCGACCACUAGCACAACAACUAGCAGUGGCAGUGGAUCUGGCAGUAGCUCCAGCAGUGCUACCGGAAACACAGUGGCUGCAGCCAAUUAUGUCGCCAGUAUCUUCAGCACCCCAGGAAUGCAGAGCUUGCUGCAACAGAUAACUGAAAACCCCCAGCUGAUCCAGAAUAUGCUGUCUGCUCCAUAUAUGAGAAGCAUGAUGCAGUCUCUGAGCCAGAAUCCAGAUUUGGCUGCACAGAUGAUGCUGAAUAGCCCUGUGUUUACUACAAAUCCUCAGCUGCAGGAGCAGAUGCGUCCACAGCUCCCUGCUUUCCUGCAGCAGAUGCAGAAUCCAGACACGCUUUCGGCCAUGUCAAACCCAAGAGCAAUGCAGGCUUUAAUGCAGAUCCAGCAGGGGCUACAGACAUUAGCCACUGAAGCUCCUGGCCUCAUUCCAAGCUUCACUCCAGGGGUGGGGGUGGGGGUGCUGGGAACGGCUAUAGGCCCUGUAGGCCCAGUCACACCCUUAGGCCCCAUUGGCCCCAUAGUCCCGUUUACUCCCAUAGGCCCCAUUGGGCCCAUAGGACCCACUGGCCCUGCAGGUCCCCCUGGCUCCACUGGCACAGGCGCCCCCCCUGGGCCUACUGUGUCUAGCUCUGCACCCAGUGAAACCACGAGCCCAAUAUCGGAAUCUGGACCCAACCAGCAGUUCAUUCAGCAAAUGGUGCAGGCUCUGGCUGGUGCAAAUCCUCCGCAGCUGCCAAAUCCAGAAGUCAGAUUUCAACAACAACUGGAACAGCUCAACGCAAUGGGCUUCUUAAACCGGGAAGCAAACUUGCAGGCUCUAAUAGCAACAGGAGGCGACAUCAAUGCAGCCAUUGAGAGGCUGCUGGGCUCCCAGCCAUCGUAA